UUUUUUUUUUUUUUUUGCUGGUCUACAAGCAUCACCAUGAAACAGACUCCUGAAUUCAGAAAAUUUUGGGAUGUAGGCAAAGAAGUGCCUUUUAUUCAAGAUGAACAGAUGCCAAAGAAACUAACACACUGCCUGAAAUGGUUCUCUUGUACCCUUGUUGGCAUGCUCGUCUUUGUCCUUGCACUUCUCAGUAAAACAUCAUUUCUGCUUUUGAUAACAUUUGGAAAUAAUCAAACAGAAAUUAUUCCUUUAGACCAAAAACCGACUGCUCUACUUGCCAUUGGGUUUGUUCUGGUCGGGCCAAGUGUUCUACUUCUGCUUAAAAGCACAUGGAAGUUUAUUUUCAAGAAUGGUAACAUGCCAUCUAAAAAAACAGUUUUCUGGGUCCUUUGUGUUGAAAUCCUGGUAGCAUUGGGAGCUGCAGUUCUUACAAUAGUAGCCAUGCCACACUUUGACAUUGUCACUAAUGUGAUGAUUCUAAACAGCAUAAGCAUCCUAUCUGCAUUUUUUCAAGUGGAUGCUGAGUUCCUCGGCAGAAAGAGGAAGCAUCUUUUGAUUCCCCCGUUUUUUUCCAUUUUCUUUAUAGUCCUGGGUUAUGUGCUGUUUGCAGUGAACUAUCUGGUAUUUGAAAGUUCUCUCCGCGUAUCAGUAGGACUUGCUAUGUUUGGGACCAUCUGUGUUUCUGUGAACUGGUGGGAAAACUACAGCCCACUUUUCACCAUCCUGUCCCUAAAGAAGAUUUCCAAAGACAUGGUGAAGUCCAGUAAUGCGGUGAGCAUCAUCUCCAGUUUGACAAGAAUCCUGAUUACUUCAGCUGUGAUUGGAGCUUAUGUCGCUCUAACAGCUGAAGGCUGGAAAUCUGUUAAAAUCGUCUUCGAAACGGUUGUCAUUGCAUUGGUUGUCAUCCAGACUCUAUCCUCAGCCUUGUGUCGCUGGUUUGUGGUUGUUGCUUGCAAGAUGCACGCUUUGCGCCGUAGCUUUGUUAUGCCCAUGUACUUUGCCUCAAUCAUCGUUUUGGCAGUGUUUUUGUCUCCACUUAUUUACACCCUCCCAUUGUCUAAUAACACUUCAAUCACUCUAGAAAAAAGUGAAUCCAGUACAGAAUGGGUGGAGGUUUUGCUGACAGAUGCUAUACAAACUUUACUAACUAGGGACAUUGUGGUAAACAUGAAAACAGAAGGACUGGUCUGUUUGGGCUGUUCUGCUCUCUGCUGGUGGCUGGGGCUUGUGCUCAGCACAAUUUACAUCUGGUUCCUGAAGAUCCAUCGAAUUGAAAGAACCCAAGAUCUGUUUGUGCAACGCAUGUAUGAAGGAGCGUUUCUGGAGCAGUCCUUGAUGCUGAACACCCGUUUUGAAAUCGGAAAGAAAAUCAAGGAGAAUGAAGUUGCAGAACCAACAAAAAAAAUCAAAGUGUUUCUGUGUGCAACAAUGUGGCAUGAAACCUACGAUGAAAUGAUGAAGAUAAUCAUCUCCAUGUUCAGGCUUGAUAAAUAUAGACCAAAACAUGGAAAGCACAGUGAUGUUGAGUUUGAAUUUCAUAUUUAUUUUGACGACGCUUUCAAGGAUGUCAAUAAUGGAAGGGGGCGGCUUACAAAUGAAUACGCUGAAAUUCUUGUGGACGUAAUUAAAGAAAUUUACAUCAUUUUUAGUGAGGAGGAUCCAUGUGUGUUCAAGGAGAUGCCAUCAUUACCAAGCCAGAAGAUCAUACACACUCCUUAUGGUGGUCGACUGGAAUACACCCUUCCAAAUGGCAAUGUCAUGAUGGUUCAUCUCAAAGACAAGCAACUUAUCCGUCACAAAAAAAGAUGGUCUCAGAUAAUGUACUUGUAUUACAUUCUUGGCUGGAGACUCAACAAACAGUACUAUGAAAACCUUAAAGCAGGUGAAGAACCGGAACUCAUUAAGAAGAAACUGAAGAGUGACAGGGAGAACACAUAUAUCCUGGCUUUGGAUGGGGAUACUGAUUUCCAGCCGUCUGCAGUCAUGCUGUUAAUUGACAGACUUAAAAUAUACCCAGAAGUUGGAGCAGCCUGUGGCAGGAUUCAUCCAACAGGAACAGGACCAGUGGUGUGGUAUCAAAAGUUUGAAUAUGCUGUAGGCCACUGGCUACAAAAGACUGCAGAGCAUGUAUUUGGUUGUGUUCUGUGCAGUCCUGGAUGUUUUAGUCUUUUCAGAGGAGCUGCACUCAUGGAUGACAACGUCAUGAAGAGAUACACAACCAAAGCCAGUGAAGCCAGCCACUAUAUCCAGUAUGAUCAAGGUGAGGACCGCUGGUUGUGCACUCUACUGCUGCAGCAGGGUUGGAGAGUGGAGUACAAUGCAGCAUCUGAUGCCUACACCAAUGCUCCACAGGAUUUUAAAGAGUUCUACAACCAACGCAGGCGCUGGGGACCUUCUACCAUGGCCAACACUAUUGACCUCCUGGGCUCAGGACAACUGACUGCUCAGAGGAACAGCUCUAUCUCAAAACUUUAUAUAUUGUACCAAGUUAUCAGCAUGGCAGCUUCCAUCUUAGGUCCUGCUACUAUUUGCCUCAUGAUAUCAGGAAGCUUUGUUUUCAUCUUUAACAUGGAGGAAAAUAGUGCACUUGCUUUGGCUAUAGUGCCACCUACAGUCUACCUCAUCCUGUGCUUCAAACUGAAAUCUGAUGUGCAGAUUACCAUUGCAGCAAUCAUGAGCCUUCUCUAUGCAUUUCUGAUGGCAGGAACAGUUCUCUCCAUCAUUGGAGAUUUAGUGAAGCAAAAUACUUUUAUGACCCCUAGUGGUCUGUUUCUUAUUGGCAUGGUCAUACUGUACCUCACCACAGCAGCUUUGCACCCUAAGGAGUUCUCAAUGGUCAUCUAUGGACUGCUAUACUUCAUCUGUGUUCCUAGUGGCUAUUUGCUCUUAGCCAUUUACUCCAUUGUCAACAUGAACAAUGUCUCAUGGGGGACUCGUGAAUCUGGCGUCCAGGUGAAGACUUCUGCAUUAGACAACAUAAAAAAAAAGUUCAUGAAAGCCACCUGCUGCAGAUGUCCAUGCUUUGAAUCUGAGGAUGAAAUGAACAAGGAGGUAUUACAAGCAGAAAAUACAAAUAAAACUGAAAUGCUACAAAUGACAUUGGAAAUACAAAGUGCAAAUGACUUCGCAAUCAAUACUCAUAAAAAUAAACAAACUUGGAUUGAACAUUUGCUGCCGAAAUUUGGUUUUUGCUUGACACCAGAAUCUGAACUUUCUAUGGAUGAAAUCGAUUUCUGGAUAGAUUUGCAGAAAAAAUAUCUAGAACCUCUAAAGGAAAAUAAAGAACAACAGGAAAAAAUAGCUAAUGAUCUUAGAGAACUUCGAAAUAAGGCUACAUUGGUAUAUUUCUUCUGCAAUGCACUUUGGCUUGUGGCAACUUUCUUUCUUCAAGCAAUUGGUGAAGCGGUCUAUAUCAAGAUCCCAAAAAUCUAUCCUAAUGGGACAUAUGCUGCAAAAGAACUGUUGUCCCUUGAUCCAAUUGAACUGAUGUUUCUACUUGGCUUUGCAGGACUGCUGCUAAUGCAGUUUUUUGCAAUGCUUUACCACAGAAUCUACACAUUAAUCCAUUUUGUGGCAUAUGCUGAAACAGAAGAAAAAGCCCCGAGAAAGAAGGUUGCACAGAUCGUGGAUGACAAUCAUGAGACUUCUGAGGAUGACACAAUAUGUUUUGAGAACCCCUAUGUUAUGACAAGACAUAUAACUUAUGUAUAAGAUUUUGGAUUUACCUCUCAGUUAAUAAGGUAGAGCAAACAUAGUUGUUUAAAUAUUUGUUUAAUGAAAAAACUUUAAUGCCUUCAAAUUUGUAAAUGACAUUGUGCUAAUUAAAGGUAUCACAUGAUUGUUAC